AUGGGCCUGAAGCAGAGUAGCUGCUGCUCCAAGAGUGAACAAUGCGAGAUCGAAGAAGUCGAGUCCCACGCAUCCGUUUUGGACCUCACAUCUUGCACAGAGUCUCAGCUGGAGCGCGGUGGCGAACCGGAGCUUGACAGUCAAGCUCCUGGUGGUCAGUGUGAACUGGCUGAGCCACCUGCUACCGUAGAUCUCACGCGGAGCACAGCAGAAAUUCUUCGAGGAGUUCGCCUGCGGGAUACUAUGCGGCGGGCAGGCCGAAUCUGGCGAUACAGGCCUGCUGAGCUAAGCCUUCAACGACGCUCGAGGCUCAACGGCCAUUCCCAUCCUGUGAAACACUUCGACAUCUUCUUCUCACACACUUGGCUGACCCCGGGACGAUGGAAGGUUCUUUCCUUGCUUCUCCAGCGGGGCUGCACUUUCAUGUUGCUUGCUUGGUCCUUUGGUAUUGCGCUCUCCUUCGCCCUUUGCAUGUUUGACAUACUUCCUCUGUCGGCGAGCUGGCAGAGUCUUGCGAUAGGGUUCCGUGCGGACACCCCAGUCGGAUAUUGGCUUAUGGUCUUCGGUGCCAUUUUUGCCCUGGGCGGUUUUCUCAGCGCUCCCACCUUGUCGCCUGGGUGGUCGGAUAUCUGCUUUCUUGAUGUUGCCUGCAUUCAUCAGACAGACGAAGUGGACAUGCAACAGGGGAUUAACAACAUUGGAUCCUUUCUUAGUGCAUCAUCGGAGUUGCACGUUCUUUGGAGCGGACCAUACCUGUCACGUCUUUGGUGUAUCUUCGAAAUUGCGGCAUACCGCAAGCUCAACCCAACCGGAAAGAUUGUGAUAUCACCGAUGUACGUCGAGGAGGUACUUUGCCAAAUCUACAUAUGGAUGCACUGCUUCAGUGCUGUAUACUGGUACCAUCGGCAAGGCCUUGCAGACGGGCCAGAGACUAUGCUGGUGGGGGGCAUGUUCAUGCUUGCCGGAUGUUCCCUUCUGCCUGCAAUGCAUGCACUGCGGAAAGGUAUAUUGUCGAGGCACCAGCUCCUGCACGACCUCGAGUGUUUCAGCAUCGAUCGUGUAGACUGCACAAAUGACUUCGAUCGACAAGCCAUUUUCAAUGCCAUUGUACGUUGGUAUGGGAGCUUAGAAACUUUCUCUGAGUACGUGCGAGGCCCGUUUCGCCAAGAGGUCCUGGGCAUUGUGAAGCCCUGUGGCUUCACACUUCCCUACAUCUUCCUCGCCACGACGCCCAUCAACGCAUUGUGUUUAGAGGGCUUCCUUGCCCUCUGCAAAGGCGGAGCACCGGCGGAGAGUAUCCUGUCCUACUUCGUGAGUGUGGUUGUAGGAAACAACAUGCUUUGGCUUCCAGCCAGUAUGGUCUUUCUGGAUUUCGUGAGCAAGCGCAUCGUGAGUCCAAGUGGAAGAUGGAACGGGCACCUUCAAACAUUGAUGAUCUUUCUGGUGAUGUCGGCUUUAACCGUGGUGGGAGCCAUGUGUGCAGUUGGUGCCUAUACUGGAAGUGUUUGGUUGGUUUUUCUCUGGAUCGGUUGCGCAGGCAUUUUUGCAAGCCUCGUCUGGUAUAGAUGCUGGCACCAGUAA